AAACAUGACCAUAAGAAUCUAAUUAUACCUAUAGGUAAUUAAGUUAAUGUCUCACAUGGAAGCAACCACUGUCUUCUCAGAAAACCGAGACUGAUUGUAUCUGUUGUGGGGACCAAGAAGGACUUCUGAUGGCACACCUCCUAUGUUUGCCUCACACACACGGAGAGAGAGAGAGAGAGAUUUUGCCCCACAUCUUUGUUGCUAUAACUACCUUGUGUUACGGCAGUCGGUGAUGAAGCCGUCUGCAGGCGACAAACCACGGAUCCACUACUGAUGCGCUCCACGUAGUUUUCCCCACACAAAUUUGUCGACACUGGAAAGAAGAAGUAAAAGAGGAAGAAGAUGAUGAUGAACAGCCCGAAGAAAAAUUGCAAAUUAUAAAGGAUUCAAAAAAAAAAUCGCUUUCUGGAUCUCAAACUUCACAAGAAACCAUUUCACAGAUUCUCUCCUGGUGCGACUGCGUGGUGUCUGAUUGGGACCUAGUGUGUGUAAGGAGGCUAUGGUGAGGCGAUGUGCACAGGCUGGUGUGAGGAGAGAUGUACCAGCAGCAGCAGUGGAAGACAAUGGAGAGGUAAAGGAGUGGAUCUUCAUUCAUGGCUGUGCAUCUUGCUCUUGUUCUCGGCCCUGUGGGGGCCUGCAUCCCUCCAGUGCCCGGACAGCUGCCAUUGUGCCUGGGACACGGCCACAGUGCUCUGCUCAGAUGCCGGGCUGCGGGAGAUCCCAGAGGGGAUCCCACCGGAAACUGUCUCCCUUCACCUGGAACGCAACUACAUCCGGAACAUCCCAGAGAGUGCAUUCAGCGACCUGGUCCACCUGCGCGACCUGUACUUGUCCCACAACCGCAUCGACUCACUUGCCUCGGGGGCUCUACGACAUUUGGGCCCCGAGCUGCGCCUGCUGGACCUCUCAUACAACCAGCUGAGGCAGGCCACCCGGGACGAGUUUGGCUCCACUCGUGCAAAGACACGCCUCUACCACAACCCCUGGCACUGUGACUGCACCCUUCAGGAGCUGAUGGAGACUCUGAAUCUGGAGCCUGAGACAGUGAAUGGGAUCAUCUGUGAGAGCUCUGUGCGGGGGGUGGGUGAGGGGAGCAGGUGGGAGGACCCGGGGUCGCUGGGCGAGCAUGCAGGUCAACCGAUGGUCAAACUGUUGGAUUCUGGGGUGAAUUUCUGCAGCCUGCAGAGGAAAACCACUGAUGUAGCCAUGCUGGUGACGAUGUUUGUGUGGUUCUUUAUGGUCAUUGUUUAUGUAGUGUAUUAUGUGAGACAGAACCAAGCCGAGGCCCGAAGGCAUUUGGAGUACCUGAAGAGUUUGCCCAGCCCACGCAAGACUCCCACAGAGACAGACACUCUAAGCACUGGUUUUUGAACUCCUGCUCGGCUGUAAUUUAAAUGGAAUAAUAAUUCAAUUCCUCUGUAGAGCGACUGAUAAACUUCAAACUGCUGUGUGGGGUUACUGUGAGCUGACUGUGGAGGAUGCUGAUAAAGAGGAAAUGCACCUCAUGCAGCUGUGAUUACAACAUUUAUCACAACUGCCCCCCUUCUGUUUUCCUUGAUAUUUCUGUAGCGAUUGCAUUUUCCCAUUUCAACGAAACAUGAGAAGUGAGUGUUUCUGCCAUGUGCACUGAGAGGAAAGAGUGGAAAUAAUAAUGUACAGUAGAAGAUGAAAGGAUGAAAAAAUAAGAAUAGAAAAGGAAAGAAAACUUAUAACCUUCCCUCUCCCACUGUAAUCCCUCUUCUCCCACUGUGUCCCUCAUUGCAGUCUUUUAUUUUCCAUUAAGCUCUAAUUAAGCGUCAUUGACCAACUGACCCUUAGUGAAGACUUGAAAUGCACUAAUCAGCUGGAGUGUGUUUAUCAGGUCCAAAAGGACAACCCGCAAACUCAAACGUGUGACCUCAUCUAAUUGCUUGUUUAAUUUGUGCGUGUGUAUGUGUGCGCAUGUGGCGUUUUUGUGUAUUGUUGCUGCCAUUUUGACUUUGAAAGCACUGAUUUUGCACUGUGCUAUUUAAGCCUUUCCCAAUACACGGCCACUAAGCCAGUUGUUUUGGUGCCAGUGGAGAACUGUUGAUCUGAAUUUACUCGCAGGAAGCCAUUAGAGCUGAGGAUGAACUAUUGUCUUUCCAAACUGAAGCAUUCAGCUCUAAAAUAUUCGGACAGCUUUGUGUACAUACAGCUGUCACUGAUUGGUGAAGAGAAAAUUUCAAAUUCCAGAUUUAGAAGUGGAUCGUUGCAUUAAAAAAUUAGUUUAGUGUAACCAUUUAUUCAAAGGGAAGCUAGCUUUAAUUAACCUCUCGAGUCCUGCUUUUCAGUCCUCUCUUCACUGAUUGCUGUGUACAAAUUGUUCUGUCUCCCAUUUUCCACAUGAUGUGCAUCAUAAUUGAUUUUUUUUUUCAAGUCACAUUAAAAUGAAGGAAAACACUUUGAUAAUAAAUUGAAUUAUUUUUUCAGUCAGUAGAUAUAACGCCUGUAAAGAUUAAUGCCAUUCCUGAUGUGUAUACCGUAGGUGCACUGAACAUCCAGCUCAGCGUUCUGUGUAAAUGGAACAAAACCUGACUGGAUUAUAACAAGCCACAUUUUUUAAUUUCAUUUGAAUUCACUGUAAUCAUAUUUACUGUGGCAAUACUACAGAGCAUCAUUCUCUCUCUGAGGAGAGGGUAUAUCGUGUGGUUAAUGUAUGAGUACUUGUCCUUCUUCACUGUUAGAUUUGAUAAUCAGCAACAUUUAAUGUUGUCUCGUGUGUUCCACAAGACUUCAUAAAUUCAAUCUGAGGGGUCAUGAGUUUAUUGACUGAAUGUUAAAAUCAGAAACAACGAAUCUCUGCUACACAAAAUUAGGUUCACUGUUUCUUUAAUGUGUUUGUUCUUGUAGAUUUUUGUCUAACUUUCUAAGAUUUUAAAAAUGAAUUAAAGCAAGCAAAAAAUAAAACAAACAAAACAAAUUCUGAUAUUGGCUCACAGAUAAUUGGGACACAAAAGGAUGGAAACAACUGGUUUAAGAGGAUGUUUUUAAGCCAUGCUUGCAGCGUGGGUCUAAGGAAUUGUCAAAUGGAGAAACUAUUGGAUGGACUGGGAUGAAAUUUCUUACAGAUAUUAAUGUUGCCCCUGUGGGUGUACUGUAAUAACCUUUGUAAUACUGUAAUCUUUCAUCUAGCGCCAUCAUCAGGUCAAAAUGUGUCUUAAUAUAUUGUUUUAAAAUGAAAUACUUGCAAAAAUAAUUGACAUCAGCAAGUUCAGCCGCACAGUGAUGCCAGCAUGCCUGUAGACUUAUUCCUACUCAUAUUUGUCUUUAAUCUGUGGUGGAUUAAAGUGUACAGUCUAAUUGUUCAUUACCAUACCCCAUUUAACAAUUGGGUUGGAAAAGUGGUAAGAACUGAGGCAAAACCUAGACUAGGACAACUUUCUGUGUUUUGUAACGUGAUAGAUGUGGUGUGUGUGCUUUGUAAUUUACAGACUGUUGUGCUGUUCAGGAGGAAGACGUACUGUGAAUUAGGUCUAGAAUAAACUUAAAACCAUAUUGAUAUUGUUAUAACUGGUCCAUGUAAAAACUGGCUGGUAGACCCCAGGCUAAAAGAUCUGAAUAAGAACGUUGGAUAUUUGUUCUGUGAGUCUGUGGACAAACUUGUGUAGCACUGUCGGUGUAACUUUACAUAAUAUUUCCUGAAUGUUAUCUGUUUGUUACAAAUCAAACAUCUAAUAUCAAUGUGCCAGAGUUCAGUUUCCACCGUGAACGCAAUCUUUUACCCCCUUUUCACUCAUGAUGUGGAUAAUCAGAAACUCAAGAAUCAAGCAUGCCCUCUGUGUGUAGUUUUUUUUCUGUAGGUAUUUUCUUUAUUGGUGAUGUAUUUUUGUCCCAGUGAUUUGUUUUUUUUUCUUCUCCUGUUUGUAUGUCGAUAAUUCAAACAAGGAUAAAUCGAUCGAAAACCAUUACAUGAAAUAAUAAAUGAUCUACCAAGAGAUUUUAGGAAAGAAAAACAACAACAACAAAUAUAUAUAAAAAAAUAACAGAAACAUUGCUCUACUUUGUUCAUAGACAUGCUUCUACCUUUUAUUGCUACUGUAGGUUGAAAAAGAUGAAGAGAAGGAACAGAAGUACAGGAAGACAUUAUCAUUUCACAGAAUGAGCUGAUCAUGUUAGGCAGUGUUUCUUAUUUCUACUCUUCCAUGCAUCAAAACUAAAGGAAAUGAUUGAAAAACUAUUUUACAUAUAAAGUACAUCAUAAAGGACUUUCACCUCCUCCUUCUUCAACGUUUUCUUUGAUUUUUUCUUUUUCUUUUUUCACAAAUCACCAAACAAAAUCAAAAUGACCCCGCGUUCAUCCAUCAUCUCUCCACUGCCUUUUUUCUUGAAAUGUGAGGUGUUUCUCCCCCUGGAAAUAUAUCACCAUGAAAACACACAGUAGAAGCAGGGCACAUUGAAAUGUUUAAGUGUGACUUUUUAUAAGAAAUUUUCCUUGGGGAUGAGUCAAAACCGUCGCCCCAGAUAUUUCAACAUGGGGGAGAACAAAACAGGACAUAAAUAAAAAGCAACUUCAGCCUG